AUGUUGGGCUUUUUCAUCCACCUUGCCUGCGCGUUGACGCUACCGUCCUUGGCCCGCGGUGAUACUUGUUCAUCAGUCACUUCUCUCGGUUACAUCAAUGUCACAUAUGCUCUCAACCUGGCCUACAUUGAAGAACAAACCCAGUACUGGUCUACUUCCUGCUCUGCUCUCCUUCCAUCAUGUAUCAUCUUCCCGAGAACGGUGGAAGAAGUCUCGACCGUGGUGCAAAUCCUUGCAAACACCACUGAAUCCUUCGCCGUCAAAUCUGGUGGCCACAAUCCCAAUAAUGGAUGGAGCAGUGUAGCUGGUGGCCCGCUCAUCGCUAUGGAGCACUUCGACCAAGCCGACCUAGACCGUAACACAGGUGUCGUCGACGUAGGUCCUGGUAACCGACUUGAUGGAAUCGCUGCCAAGCUGCAAGGCACGGGCUGGACGUUCGUCGGUGGACGAAUCGGUAACACUGGAGUAGGCGGACUAGUACUAGGCGGAGGGCUUAGCUACAUGUCGACGCAGUAUGGAUGGGCUGCGUCAAGUGUGCUCGAGUACGAGAUCGUCUUCGCCAACGGCACAAUCGGCUACAUCCGUAACGACAAUUACCCCGAUGUAUUUGUCGCGCUCAAGGGAGGCGGCAACAACUUUGGCAUCGUAACGAACUACAAGCUGCAGGCUCACCGACAAGGCGACAUCUGGGGUGGCAACUUAGUGUAUCUGCGCACGCCGAGCAAGGACAAGCAGCUACUCCAAGCCGUUCGUGACUGGACGGAGCACAACGAAGAUGACAAUGCUGCUGUCAUAGUCACGGCGGAGCGAGCGAAUCUCAAUGUGGUCGACUCUUGGAUCAUCUUCCUGUUCUAUGACGGUCCAACGCCUCCACCCGGACUUUUCGACAACUUCACCGAUAUUAAUCCCUUGCUUGACACCACCCGAACACGCACCUACGCCGAUCUGAUGGCCUUGAGUAACUGGGUCGUGAUCAAAGGCAACGUUGUGGACAUCGCCACAGAAACAAUACCCUUACCUUCUCGCGCCAAUGCUGUCGAAGUUAUGGAAGGUCUGCACAAGCACUGGCGCGAUAUCUCUGACACCGCACUACUCAUACCUGGAAUCGUAGCAUCUAUCGCAUGGCAGCCAUUCCCCAAGAAGAUUGCGCAAAAGGCCCGAGAACUAGGCCCUGAUCUCAUCGAUGCUGAUGCAGACGUCGACCGCGUUAUUAUCGAGAUGAACUAUGCCUUCACGCCGCAGUCACUGUAUGAGCAGAUGGCUGACACUAUGGAAGCGACCUAUUCUGGUGUGAGGAACAGGGUUCUGGCAUGGCAAGCCGACGGCAAGUUGCCAGAAGCGUAUUUGCCUAUUUUCAUGAACUAUGGGUUCUUUCGGCAGGAUUACUUUGAGAGGUUGAGGCCCGAGAGUCGGGCGUUGGCGAAGAGGGUUGCGGAUUUGGUGGAUCCGGCGGGUAUGUUCAGAUCACGUACUGGAGGCUGGAAGCCAUGA